UCCAUUCUUCCUUCUGAGUUUCCUGAGUGCUUUGGCAUGUAGUGUGGAGUAGAGUAACAGACAUGUAUGGUAUUUUGUGCCCUCAUGGUGGGCUAAUUAGUUCAUUUGAUCCUGUAGUUGGCUGAAGCCUGAGGUGUUUUGCAAGCAUGUCUUGGGUGCUGGCUGUGCUGGACAUGGUCUAUGGUGUGGUGGAUGCACAGCAGUUAUCCAUGCUCAUCUUCCAUGUCACCCUCUUCUUCUUCCCACCAUUCUCCUCCUUCUUUCUCUUCUGGCUCUGGAGUGAGCUUCUUGUUUUGUGGUUGUCCCAUCCAGGUGAAUGCUCCCAUGUUCUCCAUGAACUUGCUCAGUGCUGUGAUUCCUUCCUUGGUGCCAAGGAUGUCUGGUAGAUAAAUAGUCCUUGACACAUUCCAGAGGAUCCCCUGUUG